GUAAACAAAUCGUUUGACGUUUGCCCACUAGAAUUUUUAAUAAGAGUGCAUAAAAGACAAAUUAUGUUGAACGAAUUGAUAUCCUGGGUUUUGAACACAUAUCUUGGAAAAUAUUUGGAAAAUUUCAAUCCACAGCAAUUGUCUGUGGCGCUUCUUUCAGGCGAAGUCGAAUUAGAAAAUGUUCCAAUUCGAAAAGAUGCACUGCGCUCAUUCGGUAUACCCGUGCAGGCACACUCAGGCAAUAUUGGCAAGAUAAAAUUGCAGAUACCCGUUCGUCAAUUCCGGACAGCGCCGUGGUGUAUAAUUAUUGAACGCGUUUAUGGUGUGUUCGGUCCAAAAGACCUCGACGACUGGGACGAUGAAAAGGAGAAAUUGUCCGAAUACGAAUAUAAAGUUGCUGACCUUGAUGCCAAAGAAGCAAAAUGGCGCGUGGAGAAUGGCUAUCAAAUUGACAGCUAUUAUUCAAAUUCCUAUACAAGUUGGCUGAACUAUGGCACCACUUUGGCCACGAAAAUUUUAGAGAAUCUUGAAUUGAAGAUAAACGAUGUUCAUAUACGCUAUGAGGAUGCGCUAAAUGUGAAAGGCGUACAAAUUGCAGCCGGCAUAAAGAUCAGCUCGCUCACACUUCAAAGCUGUGACGCCAACUGGCAACCGCGUUCAAGCGCUGCCAGCGAUCAAAAUGUUUCGUAUAAAUUGAUUGAAUUGAAUAAUCUAUCCUUGUAUUGGGAUCAUAUGGCGGAGGAAAAUAAGUGCUCAAAAUUGCUAUCGAAAGAUUUAUUGGAACGCAUGAAUCAGCUGUGCGAUGUAAGUAAGCAUCAUUAUCUUUUGCAUCCGAUAAGUGCACGUGCACAUUUCAAGCGAGAGUGUUGCAAGCAAGCUAUACGCUCCAAAACCAAGCCCCGUUUGAAUUGCGAAUUUCAAGUAGAAGAAGUAAAAGUGGCUGUUAGUGAUCUUCAAUACAAACAAAUUGUGGAUUGCGUUUAUGGGUUGCGUCAAAUUAAUCAUACUCGUACAUACAGACUAAUGCGCCCGUCUUGCACAGUCUUCGAGAAUGCUGCUCUCUGGUGGAAAUACGCUGCCAAAUGUCACGGUUUUGUGCAUCAAAAUAAUGAAAGUAAAUGGGAGAAAUUGAGGGAAAAUCUACGAUAUGUACGAAUUUAUAAACGGCUAUUAAUUAAUCCAAACGAAAAUAUUACUGCAGAGGAAACAGACUUCAAGGCGCAUAUGGAGAAAACGAGAGAGCUACACGAAUUACAUACCCUUCGUAAUGUUUGCCGAACCAAUGUUUUUACAACGGAAGUAAAUUUAAAAGCGAACUCGAUAAAUCAUGGUAAGGGUAUGUUAUUCCACUGGUUUCCCAAUUGGUGGGGUUGGUAUGGCAAUUCAGAUGCCAGUGUUGUGCCACCGCAAGAUGAAGCGUAUAAAAAUAUCGAAAACGACAUACUUAACGCAUUAGAAGAUACAAUGGAGAAUGAUCCCUUCUCGAAGAGAGAUGCGAUUUUCGGAUAUUUUAGCUUUAUAUUGGUUGAUGGCCAAUUAGUAGUUAGCACAGAAGAUCCCAUUACUGGACAAACAGCAGUCAGUUUUGAAAUGGACUUUCAAAACCUCAUAUCUUUCAUUGAAAUGAAGCCUAAAUUCAGCUCCUACAUAAUGGGUAUAUCAUUGGGUUCGGUUUGCCUUAAAGAUAAACUGACUAAAAACACAGAGUUUCCGUUUUUGAUUAAACCACAAUUUGAUGAGCUGCCCACUAAGCCAACACCACCCAGUACGGGGUACCAACUUGUUGAUUUCAAACGAUUAUUUGCAAAGGAAGAACAGGUAGAUUCUGCACCAGAGCCUUGGUUUCAAUUGCGCUAUGAAAAAGGGCCACCAGAUAUACAGUCGGACAUGCGGUUGGUGAUCAAAUCGCGUAGUUUGGACAUCGUGUACAAUAAGAACGCAUUCGAUUGUUUGAAGUCAUUUUUUGUGAAGCCGGUGAACGAUGUAUAUUUGAAGUAUAAGUUGGCUAAGGGGCAUCGUUCUAGACUGAAGUUCCUGCAAAAUUGGCAGCAGUAUUUAGUGGGAAAUGAGGAUUUCCGCACGACGUGGUCUCUAGAAAUCGACAUAUCUGCCCCGCGUAUUAUUUUUGCUCAUAACCAUUUGGAAAAAAACACUGGAGUGGUAUUAGUCGAUUUUGGGCGAUUUGAAAUGCUCAAAAAUGAAUUCCGUAAAAAAGAAUCGACCGUUGGGCAUGAAAGCGCAGCUGCAAGUGAAGUUAUCUCAAAGUUGGGAAAAGAUAGUGAGGAUGAAGACUUCAUGACGCCUUGUUCGACACCGCCAGGCUCGGAAAUCAGUUUGAUCGAAUCUCCCACACUUCGACAAAGCUCUGCUUCAAUUGUUAAUACCGAUACCGGUCUAGAAAGUGCCUUUCAUAGGAAGAUCUACGAUAAAUACUCUAUAAAUCUAACAGAUAUGCAAGUGAUUGUCUGUAAAAAUCGUGAACGGAAUCACGCCUGCUCGAAACAUUCGUCAACUUAUCAUUUACUUGAGAAGUUUAGCAUCUGCUUGGAGUUGGAGCGCCGCGUAAUUUAUACCAUCGAUCCUGAUUAUCCAUCACUGACUUUAUAUGGCACUCUACCCAAGAUCGUAGCACAUAUUAAUGAGCAAAAGCUGAAUGAAUUCUUUAAAAUUCUAUAUCCUAUAAUAUCUGACAAUUUUGUGGCGAGUGAAAAUAUGAAAAAUUACAACGGAAACACAUACGCCGAAAAAGCCAGUAUAGACUCAGUGGGGGAUGUAAGUGGAAAUGAAGAAAGCAGGCAUGAUUCAGAAAUGCCGAAUAAAUUUCUAAAUACCAAUCUAAUGGUAAUACAAUUUGUUAUUGGGCAAAUGACAUUGGAAGUUCAAUCAUUGGAGCGGAGCAUUGCUGAGCUGCAAGUAGUGGGUGCGCGUGCAGGCAUUACGAAGCGUUCAGAAGAUACACACAUUAGCAUGUCAGUGCAUGGUUUGCUAUUGGUCGAUGCUAUACAGAGUUUUGGGCCCGAUUUCGAGCUACUGGUGGCAAGUCAUCGCCAUGUAGGUAUGGACAGCAUUUCGGGCAGUUUAAAACAAAGUAAACCAUGCUCACCCACAUCACCAGCUUCUCCUGAUCCGACGUGGGACCCAGAACGUUGCACCAGUCCACAUACCAUAAACCGAGCAAUCAGUGCACUAGAGAGUGGGCGAAAAUAUUUCGAUAUGGAUUAUGACGAAGCACAAGCACUUAUAAAUAUAGACCUAAAUUUAAUUGACUCAACUGAUCAAAGUGAUUCACUACAAAUUGCGAAUAUUGCUUUCAACAAUUUAGAUAUUAUUGCUAAUCAAGAAACUAUUGUUGAAUUGUUGGGUUUCGCAAAGCGUUUGCACAAUGCACACGAAGUUAUAUUCCGCCGCAACCACGGUCUUGCCUCAGAAUCGAAUGCGCACAACAAUUACAAAAGACAUGCCAAUGCCUCAACGAUUCUACGCACAGAAAUAUGUUUUGAUUUUCAUCGUUUAAAUAUUUUAGUAUUACGUAGCAUAAAUAAAGGCGACUUCUCUGUUGGGCGCAAAGUUGGCACGCUAACUAUGAGCGAAGCUAAAAUACAUGCCACUUUCGGUGAAGAUUUUAGCCUGAUGGGCUCGUUGGGUGGCGUACAAAUCAUCGACAUCACGCCGGAAGGCAUCAAUCAUCAACGCAUUUUCUCCGUUGGUAAGGAUCCACUCACCAAUGAUACGCCAGAGUUCUACAAACACGACUUGCUGAACACGCUCACCAAUGAGUUGUACAAUGAUAGCUGUGUCGAUACGCAAUUAAAUGCAUUGUCCUUUCAAAUUUAUUGCCAAAAAGACUCAACACCGAAUUUGAAAAUACGAAUGGCAUCCGUAUGGUAUGUGCACUGUCCACGUUUUAUUCAGGAGAUUAAUAUGUGUAUAUCGCAAUUUAAGCACUAUCUAAAAAAUUUCGCUACAUCCAUUCGCAAUAAAGCCAGCGAUAUGGCGAAGGGGCUUGUGCAUCACAUACAGAAAACUAGCGAAACUGAGACUGAUGAGUUGCAAACAGCUGGUCAAAUAUCCAUCGAUAUAGUGUUGAAUACGCCUGUGUUGGUUUUGCCACGGUCUGGCGAUAGCUUAGAUGUGCUUGUUGCUAACCUAGGCAAGAUCACCGCUUACAAUACUCAUGAGGCGAAUGAGCUAUCCAUUUCGAAAUCGACGGAGAACUUGAAUAUGUGGGCCAAAGAUAACUACUUUAUUGACAUACGUAAUAUCAAUUUGUUUUCAUUGAAUACAUCGAAGCGCAAGGAGUUGGGUUUUUCGGCAUUGCCGAAGGUGAAUGAACUGUAUGCGUGUAACACAGACGCUGUACCAAUACUGCACGAUACUGCAAUGCUAUUCAAGCUAACUAAAUGCAUCACAAAAACCAGAAAAGAAAAUCAGUGGACUUUGCGAAAUAAGUUAAAUGUUGAAGGCAGCAUCACUCAGUGCCUGCAAGUUUCAUUGUCACGUGGUCAAUACGAACAAGUGCUCGACACAUUAAACUCUUACUCUAAGUGGAAAGGCAAUGGUAAUCCUGAUUCAAACACUAUAAUAUCCGUCGACCAACCAGACAGUGCACCGAAAGGCAAAAUCAACGAAUCCUAUGAUUUUGAGGAAACUUUUGAAACAAAUUUAACUUUCUCCGUACCAAUAUUCCAAAUACACUUAAAAAAUAAGCUCAAUAACGCAUUGAUCGAUGUUACAUUUCGAGAAUUUAAUUUUCAGUACAAUCAGCUAAAUGACAUUACUAAUUUAGAGGUGUUGUUACGCUCGAUUGUCAUGGAGGAUCUCAAAUGUACAAUGGAUUCUCGAUUUCGGAAUAUGGUUGAUUCAACGUCCACUGAAAAGGAGAUCAUUUACAAGACUGAAAAAUGCUUCUCAUGUCCAAAUCUUGCGAACAUACGUUUACAACAAAAUGAAUUAUCCCGAUCGAUGCCGUGUAAACUAAACUUCUCACCAGUCUUGGCUACAACGCAGACACCUGUGAAAAAAGCUUUAAGCUGUGGUAACACAACGAAAUCCGCCGAGGAUAAGUUAGUAACUUACAAGUCACAGACUCAAGUAAUAAUGGACACGAAUGGCAGACCAGUUAGGGAAACCCAAAGCUCGAUCGAUUUCAAUUGUCUUAAUUUAACGGUAUCGGUGUGCAGAUGGUUUACGAUUUUCGAUUUCUUUGGUAUGGUGUCCUCAUACGAAGUGAAGAGUACGGUGCCCACGAAAAGUGAACAUAACGAUGACGAACCAAUUUCUUUGGGCGAAUUGAAGGUGUCUGUGCGUUCGUUGAAUCUGAUAUUGGUUCGCAAUGAAGUGGAGCUCUCAAAGGCUAAUAUAUCACAUGCACAUUUCAAAAUUACGAGUAAUAAAGACAUUAUAUCGGUGGAAGGACGCCUCAAAUCUAUUUCGUUGUAUGAUCUAACACACUUCGGCGAUUUGUAUCGUGAAAAAUUUUCGACAGCUGGACCUGAGGCAUUAAGCUUUUCAUAUAAAAGACUAAAUCCUGAUACCAAAUCCAAUGCAGGUUCACUGGGAAUGAAUGCAAAACUGCGCAUACAAAUGUCAUCUGUGCGCUACAUACACACAAAGAGAUUUAUAAUGGAAAUUCAUUUAUUUUUAAAAGAUUUGUUGGAACUACAAUCGCCCGUCAUUAAACGCAUAAAAAUGUCCGAAAGUCAAGCCGAUAUCAACUGCAAACCGACCAAGAUAGGCCUUCGCAUUCAUGCUGCUUCGCCGAUCGUUCUGCUGCCACUCAGUUACAAUAGUACUCAGGUCAUAGUUGCCGAUCUCGGCGAAUUUACAUUAAAAAAUUCUUUCCACUUUGCUAGUGAUGCAGCCGUUGUUAGCAAGCGGCAAGAUGAAAACGGCAUGGAUGAAAUUCUCGAUGUGAUGCAUAUCGAUUUGGUUAAUAUGAAUCUAUUUUCGGGUGAACGCAUUUGGAAAACAAAUAAAACGCUAAACUAUAAUCCAUGUGAAUGUGUGAAUAUUGGCAAUUUCACCAUAUUAAAGUUGGGCAACAAUCUCUUUAAGGAAACAUGCCAUCUCAAAUUGCAAGUGGAACGAAAUAUAGACGCUGCUGUAAGUCACAAUUGUCCGGAUAUAACGGUAAAGGGUGUACUUUCCAAAUUGAAUGGAAUUGUAAAUUUGCAACAAUACAAAUUAUUACGUGGCUUUCUUAGCUACAAUUUGGGUGAAAUGAUUGACGAUGUGUAUUUUAAUUAUUCGAAAAAUUUCUACGAAUCUGUUGAUAAAUUGAACUCAGCUAGCGAAUCUUAUAAUUCCACGGACGCUUUGGAUGUACCCGCCUGGAAUAUAAUGUCAAUCAAUUUACAGUUGGAAAAUGUUUCCGUAUCAUUGGUGGAGCAACAGAAUUACGAUAAUGAAACCAAACCGUUAGCUUGUGUAAAUUUUAUCAAAUCAUUUCUGCAAAUCGAUUCAUUCAGUGACGGCUCGCAAGAUAUUGAUUUGGUGUCCAGCGAAGUGCUAGUGCUCGACUCACGUCCUGAGCACAUAUCGAAAAAUGUAUUCCGUCAUAUUUUGAAACCGAAACGUGAUAAUUUUUCGAAAAACGUUGUUCAAGCAGAAAUUCACAGUCGAAAGCGCAAUAACUCUUCGAAAUAUACAAUAUUAUUGAAUAAUAUGCGCAUUAUGGCCAUACUGGAUUGUUUGGAAAGCAUUAAAAAGUUUCUGGAAGAGGAACCAACAAUAUCUACUUCAGUAACACCUUCGUGGCGUAAUAAAUUGGGAAAGCAAACCUCUUCCGCACACGAAACUGAAUUGAAAACGGAUUCUGAAAUCAUUUUGAAUAUUACUGAUUCGGAAUUGAUUUUCCUUGAGAAUGUUGAGCUACCCGAUACGAAUGCAAUCAUUUUGAAAAAUACCACGGUGUUGCAAUACAGACCUAAUAAUAACAUUUGUCCAGUUUCGAUUGAUGUUAACCACUUGGAGGUCUUCUCCUGUAUACUUGGCUCCGAAGAGGAGAGCGCGCUGUCCAUCAUUGAUCCAUUCUCAUUGAAUAUAGAAUUGAAAAACAACUGCUUCCACAUUAUCAUACACAAGCAACUCUCCAUACGCCUCUCAUACAACGAUGUAAAAUUAUUUUCGAAAAUGCUACAGUCAAUACCCAAUCAAACGAAGUCAUCGCAAAAGCUGACUCGUAGUAAUUAUGCCAACUUUGAAGUUAUCGCACCGUUAAUCGCUUUAGGUUUCAAACAGAAGGAUUGCUGGGAAGCUAUGGAAGUUAGCAACUACAAUUUAAAUGACGCCGCUCUUUGGCUGUCGCAACAAAAGUAUUUGAAAACGGAUAAAGUAUAUUUGGAAGUGCAUGACUUGCUCAUAAGCGCUAACUGCAUAUCGAUUUGUGUCAUUGAUGAUUGCAUGGAUGCGGAUGUGCCCCUGCUGGAGGUUGCGCUAUCACAGCUGACUUUAGCGCAGCGCCUGGGAAAUGCCACAUCACCAGUCGAAGAAGGUCGCAGUACACCGCUGUAUCAGGAAGGGCGACUGGAGACGAUAUUUGCCAGUGACUAUUAUAACCGUCGGUUGAGUGGCUGGGAACCGGUGAUCGAACAGUGGGAGUGUUCGGCGCAUUGGCAAUACUCGAAAAGUAGCUUAAUGGUGCCGAAAAUGCUGGUGAUGCAAGUGAGUAGCAAGCAAUUGCUCAAGUUGAAUGUAACAUCGACCCUCAUAGAGCUCUGCGACAUUGUGCGCAACAAUUGGAUAAAAGAUUAUUAUGGACAAGGUAAUAGUGCUGGUGCUAGUAACAGCUCCGACUCGCUUACAGGCUUUCGGCGCCGCUCGCCGUUUGUACCUUUCGCGCUUAAGAAUCUUACUGGCGAACCGUUGCUUUUUAAAACGCUCUACUCCUCGCCCGGCGGUAUUACACGCACCGAGGUUAAUCCGCCAGACAUCAUGUGCGAUUGGUUGUCUGUGCAACCCAACGAAAUUUUACCAUUCGACUUUGGUCCACAAACAAAGCUGAGACACAUGAACUCGCACAAAUUAAAUACACAUCAGAUACUGGUGCAAAUUCAAGGCUGGACCUUGAUUGGACCCAUUUCCAUCGAUAAAGUGGGUAUAUUUUUUCGUUAUUCCACUUUGGAUAUGCAAUAUAAAAAGCGCGCACGCAUAGUAUUCGACAUAUCAAUGUUCGGAUCCGCGCAGAAAAUCAUCACUAUUCGUUCAGCAUUGACGGUCGUUAAUCGGCUAAAUGAAAGAGUGUUGCUGAAAAUGGAGGGAAAGCAUGAAGACAGCGUAGCUUUAUCGGUACUUGAACCCACAGAGCAACUAAGUGUGCCGCUACGCUUGGGAGAUUCGCUAAUUUAUUUCAGACCGUAUACAUCAACAAAAUCACCGGAUACGCUGAUUGAAAGCGCUACCGAAGGCAAAACCAUUUUCGUAAGAAAAAAUUCUAUUAUGCGUAGCAAUCGUAGCGAUGAACUUGAGUUUAGCACUUGCGGGAUAUCGUGGACCUCUUGCGUAAAGGAUUCAGUAGAUGAGCUCUUCUCAUGCUACGGCAAGAGUAAUGCUGUCUUCUAUACACUCGUAGAAAUACGUAAAGUGAAGUAUCCGAAUAGAGAUGUAAACACACCAGGCCAUACGAUUACACUCUUGCCACCUUUAAAAUUGAAAAAUAUGCUUCCUUGUGAUCUACUCUUCAAAAUUUCCGGUCACAUACAAGGCAGAAUCAAUCCCUCAGAGGUUGUCAAUAUACACACCAUAAAUGCCUGCGACUCCACCAUACUAAGCAUCACUUUGGAUAACUACAAGUUAUCUGGUCAGCUAAAGAUACCAAUAGGUCACACCGGAAUUGUGGAGCCGAAAUUGAAAUUGAUCGACAUUUUAAAUCGCGAGCUUUAUUUACGCGUUUCGAUACAAUCCUUCCAAGGCAAAGGUAUGGAAAUAUAUAUAAGUGCGCCAAUUUGGAUUAUCAAUCGUACUGGGCUACCGCUGGUGUAUAGACAAGAGGGCACGAAUCGUUUGGGUUCCGGGCAAUUUGAUGAACACGAACAGGCGCGGAUUGUAUCACCGUUGCUUUUCUCCUUUUCCGAUCAGGAAGGUUCGCCGUCGCUGGAGAUACGACUGGGCAAUAGUUUUGGAAAUAAUAAUCCGUGGUGUAAAAGCUUUAAUAUACACAAAGAGACUUUCCAGCGACAGUUACGUGCUGAAAGGUAUAAGGGCUGCUAUGCCAUUGGCAUAAAUAUACGUAGAGGUCGCGGCUUAUAUUCAUGGACUACUUUUGUGAUUCUCUCGCCUCGCUAUCAGCUUUACAAUAAAUCAACAAGAAAGUUGGAGUUUUCACAAAAGUGUGAUAUUAAAAAACCGGAUUCAACAAACGCUGAGCAUAUAAUAUCAGCAUUGCCUGGAUGUAAUUUCCCUUUCCACUGGCCGAAUUACGAACAGGAGCCACUGCUGUGUGUACGCAUAAGCGAUGUCAGUUUUUGUCAUUGGUCACAUGGCAUACCCAUCAACGAAGUACAUUCCAUAUAUAUAAAUGUUCGCAAUGAUUUGGGUGAAAUGUUCUUUUUGCGUUUGGAAGUGAUCUCCAAGGGCGCCUCAUACUUCUUUUUGUUCAGCGAUGCGCACACUUUACCACCACCUAUACGUAUUGACAAUUACUCAGAAAUUAUGAUACAUUUCUAUCAGUAUGGUUGUAAGCCACAUUGGCGUUCAACAGUGCGACCACAAUCGUCGCUUGCUUACGCUUUAGACGACCCCCUGGGCGCACAUAUGCUACAAAUUGAGGCUCCGGGUGGAAAUACCAUUGAGUUUCCUCUUAACAAAAUGGAAAGUUCCAGUAGUAUUACCUAUGCUAAUUUCAUUUAUAUAGUCUUCAAGGAGACAUUCGCCUAUACGGAAAGUGAAAUGUCACAGCUGGGCGUUGAAGGACAGCAACUUGUUUUGGCUGUACGCGAUAAGAAAGUCAUUGUGGCACAUAAGUGCACAGGCGAUCGCUCACAGCUCUGGUUAAUGAACUCAUUCGGUCAGUUAGAGCACGAGGGCUCUUCGCCACCAACGGAAUUUGGUAAAAGCAUGGAAUCAAAUAGCUUUCGUAUGGUGUUGGAUGUGGAAAAGGCGCUUAAUCCGAAUGAUUAUACAAACUUAGUCAUAAGGCCGCCAAAUAAACAACGUGUGACCACACAGAGAUGGCGUUUCGAUAAUGGACGAUUAAUGUGCCAUACGAAUAUGUGUGUGCAGGUACGAAACGGUGUGUUCGGUUUACGUCCUGGCUCGGAAGUAGUUCUUGGCCGCAUACAAUCGAGUUCACGUGCCGCUAGCUGUGAUAAUGUACCGUUUGAGCAAAGCAUUGAAAUUCAGAAAUUACGUCCUGGUUCUGGCCAUUUGGAGGUUUUAAGCAAAAUGGAUGGGCCUAUACGCACGAUUCAAAUACACGAUGUAAAAAUUAAACCAGAAGAAGUGACGCUAACACCAGAUCCAAACUGGAGUCACGCGUCAAUCACCAAUCGUAUGGCUGUGGAUGAACACAAAAGCAACAUUUUCGACGAAUUUUCGCUGAAAGUGGAUCUAUCGAAGGGCUUGGGCAUUUCUAUUAUAACUCGGCAACCUUGCGAAGAACUCGCCUUCAUUACCUUAGAAUCCAUUAUAAUAGAUGUACAUUCAACGCGUUUUAUCAAAUCACUGGAAUUCAAAGUGGCUGACUUACAAAUCGACAAUCAACUAUUGGAUACUUCUUGUCCAGUUUUGCUGCAUACAGUGCGCACAAGCGAUGAUGAGCCCAGUAGCGCAUUAAUUUUGAAAACGAAACUCUUGCCCAGUCCCAAUAAAAAUGCAAUCAUAUUUGAAUAUUUAACAUUCGACAUCAAUCCUUUUGUGCUGCUACUGGAAGAACGUGUGAUCUUAAAGGCUGCCUACUUCUUCGGUCUGGGCAAAUUGGAUAAAUACAAAACGAACAGGGAAUAUGAUCAUGCGCAACAGAAGAUCGAAGAGCUAUCACUUUCAAUGAAUCCACGCAGAUUUUACUUUGAAUCGCUGAACAUUGGAUCCAGUCAGGUUCGCCUCUCCGUCUUUACGGCGCCCAAAUUAACGCCAGAACUAUUUGAAACGAAAAAGGCGCUUGGCUUAACUUUGGUUAAAUUCGAGGACGCACUCAUAGAAUUCGAUAAGUUCUGCGAUAAACAUCAUUUUGAGCCUUUAGAGGUGUAUCUCAAAGCAAUCAAAAGUCACUACGUUAAUCAAAUCAAAAGGCAUGCUGCUGCAAUAUUGGGCAGUGUAGACUUCCUUGGCAAUCCGCUUGGCUUUGCCAAUGAUCUCUCCGAGGGCGUUUCUGGUCUAAUAUUUGAGGGAUCUGUAAAGAGUCUGGUUAAAAAUGUCACGCAUGGCAUUUCCAAUUCAACAGCAAAGCUAACCGAGACCUUAUCGGAUAGUUUGGGACGUGUUAUGCUCGAUGAGCAUGACAAUGAAACACGGCAGCGGAUGCUUGAAAUUCAAUCGAAUACAUCAGGGAAUCACUUGGCAGCGGGUCUUAAGGGUUUUGGGUUCGGUUUACUUGGUGGCGUUACGAGUAUUGUGCGGCACACCUACACGGGCGUGCAAUCCGAUGGUUUUCCUGGCCUGUUGAGCGGUCUGGGUAAAGGACUUGUGGGCACAGUUACAAAACCCAUAAUCGGUGUACUGGAUUUGGCGUCGGAAACAGCGAGCGCAGUGCGUGAGACCAGCAAAACUUCAGGUCGUAUGUUGCCCGAUCGCAAACGUUUGCCACGUUGUGUCACUGGUGCGCCUGGUGGACUACUGCCGGCAUACUCAUAUCGGCAGGCUAAAGGACAGCAAUAUUUGUAUAUAAUAAAUCGCAGAAAUUUUACAGAGAAACUCAUGUCUUAUGAACCGAACUUGUGCAAUGACAAAGAUGCGAAAUUGCGAUUGCUAAUCACCACCGAAUUUAUACGCAUAUUUUCACGUUGCGAAGAUGAUCCUGCUAUUAUGUUUGAGUGUCAUUUAAGUGAGGUGCUCUCCUGCCAUCCAUUGACGACAAAUGUUACAAACUCUGCGGCGCCGGGAGGUAGCAAAAAUACUCCUAGUUUUUAUAUCGAGAUUUCAACAAAUCUGCCAAAGAUUACACGACCGCGGGUCAAAUGUCAAACUGAGGAGGUGGCGGAACGUGCAGCACGUUGUAUCAACUAUGCUAAAAGUGUGUUUGAUGAGCGCGAACAGUCUGUGACAAACGAAUAACUGCGGUUUAACCCUGUUAGUUGAUAUACAUUUAGAAUGUUGUAGUUUUACGUGUUGUUACUGAUGUGUUAUUUAAUGUAUAUAUGUAUGUAUCCCGUAAUUUAUAAUGAUGGAAAAGUAUUUAAGUUUUGUAUAUAAUGUAUAGUGGGCAUUCUAUAAUAAAUUCGACUGGAUUUUUUGAAACAUGAAUUGAAAAAUUAAA